UUUGAAUUUGGUGGCUCUCAUUGAUUAGGAACGGGAGAACUUUCAAGAGUGAAACUACCUGUCAAUCUCCGACCAAAGUUUCAAUGUGACGGGAGCGAGGACUGUUCCACUCACGUCUCUUUCUUCGCCUGCAGAAAGCAAAACGUGCUUCUUUGGCGGCGAUUUUGAAUCUUGAUGCACUUUUGACCUUGGCUGUGCAGUGAAAAACUGAAGUGGAGAAAUGGGAACCAAAAACAAGGGAUGUUUUACUGCCAGGAUGCUGAUGGAGAGGUCUCCCAGUAACCCAUUGUGGGAUGCAACGCACGGAACUGGAGCGGAUGGCACUGGUGAAGUGGGCUUGGGCUCUGACAGCAAUGGUGGCAGUGAGGCUGGGCGAUGCAGGGGGAGGGUGCUCCCGGGCCGGGUGGCCUUGCCCAAGGUGGUUGCCAUGGAGACCGGCCGGCCACUCCCCUCCCCCGGCCCACCGUCACCUGCCACGCCGGUGCCUGUGAUCAAGCUGGAGUACAGCUGCUGCCCUAUAAAAGCUGGGGCCAUGCAGAGCCAGCCAGGAGGCGGUGGUUGCAACAGAGCACCCUCAGGAGCCCUCGCCAUGGGCCCUAGCAUGCCCUCCGCCGGCAAAGACAGCAACAGCGAUAGCCACAGCCACGACACCCACAUGGUGCAAGUGAGCCCCACCGCAGCACCCGGCCUCUCACUCCAGCCAACCGCCAAAGCCAUGCCCAACGGCUUUGGACCCCCUGUGCUCAACACUGCCAGCAGCACUGAUUCUGCUUCUCCAUGUCUGCAAGAUGACAGCGAUGAAAAGCGAGCAAAACCCAGUGGAGAAGAGAAAGCAAAGCACAGGAGUUGCCGGAGCCCUCACCGUUGUCCCUCUCUAAAGGCAGGAAUCCUACUUGUUGUGGCUAUCUCACUGCUGUCCAGCAUUUUCCUUACCACCCGCAUUUUUGUUUGUAGGCCAUCAGAGCAGGAAGCUCAGCAACGGAGCUCUAAUGUGAAUGUCUGUGAUGUGGAUGUCCUUUGUGGUCCAGCGUGCCCAUCUGGCUGGAUUGGCUAUGAAGGGAAAUGCUAUUUUUUCUCAUAUGGAGCCAAAAACUGGACCUCCAGCCAAAGCUUUUGCUCUUCUUAUCACUCCACCCUGGCUGUGAUUGAGAAUGAACAAGAAAAGAGCUUCAUUAAGCGUUACAAGUGCUUUACUAAUCACUGGAUUGGCCUCCGGAAGGACCCUGACCAGACUUGGAAAUGGGCAGAUGGGACAGAACUAAACAACAUGCUGGAGGUAAAAGGAGGAGGAGGGGACUGUGCAUUCCUGAAUUCUGACUCUGCCAUUUCCUCACGAUGCCACAUACAAAGAAAUUGGAUCUGCAGUCAUCAUGAUGCCUACACAAGAAAUAAGAGCUCUUCAAGAAGAUGACAAGUUAUGGGAGUGUUAGUGUAACCCAACUUAGGGUUUAAGAGGGAUAUUAUCCUUGAUGGAAAGGGAGUUCAAGUCUCUGACAAGUGUGAUCCCACCUCAUGACCCAUACCAUCCACCAGACUUGCAACAAAAGAAGACUUUAAAUCAGUGCUCUGUUCAUUAUAACAAUAAUGUGCAAUACAACAAUGAAACGUGGUAAACCAAUGCAGAACAAUAAUCAACAUGUAAUAGUUCUGGCCUGUUGUGCAAAACAGACUAGCAGGGUCUCAGUCCUCUGCAAUUUUCUCUAGCUGUGUCCUUUGGCACUGUUGGUGGACUUGCAGCUUUGCUGUUGCUCUCUCUUGGUUAUCAAGCCUUCGAGGUAGCCCUGAAAUAUGCAAAUAUAGUUCAUAAUAACAGAACUCUGUGAAGUAGGCUGGCUCCAGACACAGGCCUCUAACAGAUCUGAGAGAAUUGGUUUAUAUACCACACAUUUAUAACAGGAAACCAAAAUACAAACUAAUAGUCAAUCAGGAUAAAUACAAUAUAAUUCUUGGGACACAUUUUUUGUUAAGAUUUUUGUUUUACUUGUAUUUAACUUGAACCCUGCCAGAUCACUAAGUUCUUGUAUUUUAUUUAACAAUCUUUCCACGUUUUGUACUGGGUCUUCUAAUAUUAUUAUUAGGUCAUCUGCAAAAGCUCUCAAUUUAUAAGAUUGCUUAACCACAUUCAAACCUUAUUUGAUCAUCACUUCUAAUGCUUCUGUUUAAAAUGUCUAAAGUAACUGUACAAAUCAAUGGUGAAAGAUAUCCUUGUCUAGUUCCUUUGAGGAUCUUACAUUUUUCAGACAUUUCUCCAUUUACAAUUAUUUUGGCAUUUUGUUUAGUAUAGAUAGCCUCAAACCCUUUCACAAAGUUGUUCCCAAAAUCCAUUUUAAAAAUACCUUUAGCAUAAACCUCCAAGAAACAUUAUUAUAUGCCUUCUUUGUGACCAAAAAAACCCAAUGCUUUUCAGUUUUUUUCAUAAUACUCCAUUAUGUAUAGUAUUGUUCUGACAUUUUCUCUCCAGUGUCUUGUAGACAGAAAUCCACUUUGAUCUUCAUGGAUAAAUGCUCUUAAGAUCCCCUUUAGUCUUUUUGCUAAAAAUUCUGCAAAUAAUUUAUAAUCAUU